UUUAAGACGGGCUCAGCCUGAAACGACCCUGUAGUUAAAAGACCCCUCGGGAUCAAUUUGCCGCAAAAGAGCAGCGUGGAACGGGGAGGGGAAGGAAACGGAGAUCUACAUCAGUGUCAUGUAGGAGCCGCGUGGUUUCCUCCGGGCUUCGGAAAACUCGGGAGAAUGUGCACAAGUUGGAGGGGAGGCAGCAGCGAAGCUUCAGGUGCGGUUAUGCAGGAGGAGUCCACGGCGUCCCCUCGUUGCCGCCUAGUUUCCGCCGCCGGAGGUGUGAACCUGGAACUGCAGACUUGCAAAGGGGAGAGCGAGCGAGCAGGAGACCCCACGGUUCUUGGACCAGGCUGCAGCUAGUGGAAGAUUUCCCUCUUCCUAAAACAAGCCAUCCCUGCUGGCUGCGUGGAGGACUCCGCCGCCCCCCUUCUCUACAUGGCCAUCGAGAAGGUAUUGCUUGAUGGAGAAGGCGACGAGGAUGCAACUGAGCGAGACUGAGGAACAAAGGAAGUCUUGCUGAAGAAGUGGAGGAGAGAGCCCGUUCCUCCCGCUGCAAGAGCGCAUCCCUGGAAGGAAGCAAACCUCGGGAUCGAGCGAGGCAGGGUUCUCUGUUUCCAUUUCCCCUCUUUUAUGGGCGCACUGAAAUUCGGAGCGAAGGAGCUUCUCCCUUUCGAUGGCACUUUCUGGGGUUUGGGAUCACGGGUGCGCUCACCGCGCCUGGUUUUGAUGUCCUCCCUUCAUUUUAGUUGACUUUCGCUUUUAGCCUGCCUUGAUCCAGAGUUUAAGGAAGGACUUGCACUCUCUACAGAUACACGCACUCCCCUUCGCGGGGAGCAAGUCGACGGCUCCAGCAAGAGAGCGGCUGACCCUGCUGAAGGCUUAAGAGCUGCUUGAGGAAUGGCUUUCUUCUUUAGGUGACGUUUUCUGAAGCGGAGUUCCGAGGGUGCCCCUUUAAGUGGAGAGGGACAAGCUCUUCCCGCCUAGAAUCUCCAAGAGGGCGCCUGGAUUCCGGUGCUGGGUGCACACACGCUGGUUCCACGAGGCUCUGCUCCCGCCAUGGCCUUCACUUUCGCUGCCUUCUGCUACAUGCUCUCCCUGGUGCUGUGUGCUGCCCUCAUCUUCUUCGCUAUCUGGCAUAUCAUUGCGUUUGAUGAGUUAAAGACAGACUUCAAGAGCCCCAUAGACCAGUGUAACCCAGCACAUGCGAGAGAACGACUGAGAAAUAUUGAACGAAUCUGCUUUCUUCUGAGAAAGCUGGUAUUGCCAGAAUAUUCUAUCCAUAGCCUUUUCUGUAUAAUGUUUCUGUGUGCUCAAGAAUGGCUGACCCUUGGCUUGAAUAUUCCUCUGCUUUUCUAUCACUUCUGGAGGUAUUUCCAUUGUCCAGCAGACAGUUCAGAACUAGCUUAUGACCCACCUGCAGUAAUGAAUGCAGAUACUUUGAUUUACUGCCAAAGAGAAGCCUGGUGUAAACUAGCUUUCUAUCUCCUUUCAUUCUUCUACUAUCUUUACUGCAUGAUCUACGCUUUAGUGACUUCCUAAUUCAAAGAUCACCAUUAAAGACUGGAAACAGCAAAGGGUGCCGAAUAAAGACAAAGCCAGCCUACAGUGAUACUUGGCACAAAAAGCAUAUCAAGGAGAUGGAAGCUUUGAAACCAGCAGUCAUACAGGAUGUCAAAGAAAAACUCCUUAGGAAUAGCAGUUGACUGCAGCACUGUGGAAAGACUUGGAGUGAUAGAUGGGCGGAGUAAGCGGCUUCUCUUUCUUACCUUUCUGUGUUUCACAGGCUUUGGAUUCCUCAAAACAAAACAAAGCAAAAGUGACUAUUUAUCAUGUUAAAAGUAGCCAUACUUGAAGACAGUUUCAUGUGAUAGGAGCAAACAACUUGUCAUGUUUUUAUCACAGACUGGAAGCCCUUCAAGGAGGAAGAACAUUUCUGUACCCAUUCUUGACUGCAAAGAAUGGGUGUCUUGCCAAUGGGGAAAGCUAUCUACAGAAACUGUGGCCAAUAAGGAUACUGUUAAUAUAGAUGUGUAAUACUCAGCUUUUGCAGUAUCAGCACUUCCUGGAGAAAAGCUGACAAAUAUUUAGCUGAUUGUUCUUGUGAUUCAUUUGACUGAGGGUGAAGAGAUACACCUUGUCAAUUAGACUACAUGGCAGAAGCAUUCAGAACAUGCACCAAAUCAUUUUCAAUUAAAUGCCUUUCUUGUGGUCAGCUCACCAGUGGUUUAUAUUAGCAUGUUCCAGCUGUGCUGAACCAGUUCACACAUGAUGCAGUAAAAUAGUACUAAUGCAUUAUAUCUGAUGACAUAAUUAUGUCAGUCAUCCUGUAGUAUAACAUGCCUUCUACUGGAGGAAAUAUAUGUUUGUUGCACUUAUGAAGGGAUGGUGUCUCAGAGUAUUCUACAACCUACAGUACAAAUGGUAGAGGAUCACAUUGUUUGAGUCUGCAGGCUUGUAAUGUGACUUCAGUUGUAUGAUCCAGUUAAUGAUCCACUAAAGUUAAUGGGGCUGUUAAUCUCUCCCCCCCCUCGCAUAUUGAAUGGCUGUUGUAGAAGAUAGUCAAUAAAUGGUGAUUUAUUUA